CUUUCAGAAAGCUCGAGAGAGAUCAAAAGUGCGCCUUUUGAAACCCUACUCUCAAACUCCAACCUUCGCCCUCUCUUCGACGUUCUCCUUCUCCAUUGGCAUUGCUUGAUCCGCUGAGGAGAAGCUUCGAAGAUGUCUCUGCGGGUUCUCAAUCCGAAUGCUGAGGUGCUGAACAAGUCGGCAGCGCUGCAUAUGACCAUCAACGCCGCCAAAGGCCUUCAGGAUGUUCUCAAGACCAAUCUCGGCCCCAAGGGCACUAUCAAGAUGCUUGUAGGGGGUGCUGGAGAUAUCAAGCUCACCAAAGAUGGGAACACUCUGUUGAAGGAAAUGCAAAUCCAAAACCCUACGGCGAUCAUGAUCGCGAGGACAGCGGUGGCGCAGGAUGAUGCAAGCGGGGAUGGUACCACUUCCACUGUGCUUUUCAUUGGGGAGCUCAUGAAGCAAUCAGAGCGAUACAUUGAUGAAGGGAUGCAUCCGCGUGUGUUGGUGGAUGGUUUUGAUAUUGCUAAGAGGGCAAUACUCGAAUUCAUUGAGAAGUUCAAGACACAUGUUACUGUUGGUGAGACACCUGAUGCAGAGAUCUUGAAAAUGGUGGCAAGAACCACCCUCAGGACUAAAUUAUAUGAAUCGUUGGCUGAUCAGUUGACUGACAUAGUAGUGAAUGCGGUCCUCUGUGUCCGUAAGCCUGAUGAGCCUAUUGAUCUCUUUAUGGUUGAGAUUAUGCACAUGCGUCAUAAGUUUGAUGUUGAUACCCGUCUGGUAGAGGGCCUUGUCCUUGAUCAUGGUUCUCGGCAUCCUGAUAUGAAACGGAGGGUGGAGAAUUGUCAUAUCUUGACUUGUAAUGUAUCUCUUGAGUAUGAGAAAAGUGAGGUAAAUGCUGGGUUUUUCUACUCCAACGCUGAGCAGAGAGAAAAAAUGGUUGCUGCUGAAAGGCGCCAAGUCGAUGAUCGAGUUAGGAAAAUCAUAGAAUUGAAGAACAAGGUCUGCUCAGGCAAUGACAACAACUUUGUUGUGAUUAAUCAAAAGGGAAUUGACCCUCCUUCAUUGGACCUUCUAGCUAGAGCAGGGAUUGUUGCUCUUCGAAGAGCAAAGAGGAGAAACAUGGAGAGACUUGUUUUAGCUUGCGGAGGAGAGGCUGUUAAUUCAGUUGAUGACUUGACUCCAGAUUGUCUUGGUUGGGCUGGGCUUGUUUACGAGCAUGUCCUUGGGGAGGAGAAAUACACCUUUGUCGAGAAUGUGAAGAACCCACAUUCUUGUACGAUCCUUAUAAAAGGACCAAAUGAUCAUACCAUUGCUCAAAUUAAGGAUGCUGUUCGUGAUGGCCUAAGAUCUGUUAAAAACACCAUUGAAGAUGAAGCUGUGAUUCUGGGGGCAGGUGCAUUUGAGGUGGCAGCCAGUCAGCAUUUGGUAAACAAUGUGAAGAAAACUGUUCAAGGGCGUGCGCAACUUGGUGUGCAAGCAUUUGCUGAUGCACUUCUUGUGGUUCCAAAGACACUCGCUGAGAACUCUGGUCUUGAUACACAAGAUGUCAUAAUUGCUCUCACGGGAGAGCAUGACAAGGGAUUCAUUGUUGGUCUGAAUCAACACACCGGAGACCCAAUUGAUCCUCUCAUGGAGGGUAUCUUCGAUAAUUACUCGGUCAAACGUCAGAUUAUAAACUCCGGGCCGGUGAUCGCCUCUCAGUUGCUGCUAGUAGAUGAGGUAAUCCGGGCUGGCCGGAACAUGCGAAAACCAAGUUAAGCUGGGGUGUAAAUCAUUUAGAUUUGUUCUUGGGCACAUGUUAAAAAAAAAAAAAAAAUUGGAUCGAGGAAUGAGAUGCUUAGCCCUAAUUUACCGGUUUUGAGUGCCUCUCAUGUAGGGUUUUUUGGAUUUAAGAUGAUUCUGAAUGACAUUAUGUUUUGAAAAACAGAAACUAGGUUCUCAUUUAAAAGCUUUUUUAA